ACUCAUACACCUCCACGAUCCACCACAUAAUGUUUCACUCACACAGGCUAGUGGUGCUGUCCUCUCUCUCUCACUCUCUACCUUGUGUACAGCUAACUCAGCGCUAGAGUAUCGUGGGCAGCUACAAGUACCACUCCUGUGGCAGCGGCAGGAGAUGUCCUGCAGGAGUACUGUGGACAUCGUUCAUGGGACCCAUGAUCCUGCGGAGGUCGGAAUCACCCCCGUGGGCUACCUCCGCCCGCGGGGACACUAUCAUGACGCCCGCCAUGGUGGGCGGCCUGGUGAUGGGCAUCUCGCUGACCAUUGCUACGCUCUUCUGCACUGCCCUCUGUCUCGCCCUCUGGUGUAGGAGGCUGCGGGGUGCGGCAGGGUCCCCCAGCCCCGCCACCUUCCUGGUCUCCAAACGUAAGGCAGAUCCCUAUGCUACACCAGACCAUCCCAUGGCCUUCGUCAUGCCCACUAUCACACAGAGUGAGGCUGGCAGUGAGCCCCGUACACCCACGCCCACUACUCUACUCACGCCCACAGAGCAUAUGAAAGAGUUCGGGCGGGGCACUGGGUCACCCACACACUUCACCAGCGGUAUCGAGGGCCACAUGCUACACUCUCUUAAACGAGAUGGGAAAACACCGCCAUCAGCAGCAGCAGCAGUAGUAACAUCAACAGGAGCAGCGCCAACAAUUUCAUCACCGUUAUCAGCAGCAGCAACAGGAACAUCAGUAGCAACACCAGGAACAGCGGCAGCAGGAGUGUACUCGCCACCUUCUGCGUCUCUACGCCCUCGCUCCGCCUCUCCCCGGGGCUUUCUGCAUGGGACGAGAGCUGGGGCUCACACCCCACCUCUCUCCCAGCCUCAGGGGACCAGGAGGCUGUGGGCGGGGUCACAAUCUCCUCAGCCUCGCCCCACUCCGCCCAAGACGCUGUUCCACUCCCCCAGUACCACCUCGCCAGGACACCUCCCCAGGGCACUCUACCUCAGGAGGAACGCUACUUGCUUGGACGAGCUGAGGGAGGCCCUCCACCACUCCUUCCACUCCUCGGACCUGCCUAGCACUCCCACCAGCCCUGAACCCGGCGACCUGACCACCCCGGACUCUGUGGACGGCUGGGCACCCGUCUGGACGCCUGCCUCCAGUAUAGGGUCAGGUGGCGGGUGCGGGCUGGGCGAGCUGCGGCUCCAGCUGCGGUACUGCCUGCGGACCCGUCAUCUUACCCUCACCAUCCUCUCAGCCAACCAGCUGCCCCUCAGACUGGGUCCUGACCCGGUCGACACCUACACCAAGGCGGUGCUGCUGCCAGAGAAGCGAGUGAGGUUCACCACGCCAACGGUAUCUGCCACAGACAACGCUACGUUCAACGCGGCCUUCACGUACUCUGCCCGCACUUCCCGCCUCGCCCACACCACCCUCAGGCUCUCAGUGUGUCAGGUGACAGAGUGUGGGCGGCGAGUGGUGGUCGGCUACGCUGCCGUGGUUCUGGCGGCCAUAGGGGUGCGGACCAGCCUUACCCAUGACCUUGAUACUGGACUACUCACACUGCACCUUCAGGAGAGUGCUCCAGACCAGCAGGUGGGUGUGGGCGGGCAGCUGGAGGUGGGACUCAGCUGGGAGAGGGACACCAGCGACCUCACCAUCAAGAUAUGUAAGCUCACUGAUCUACAGCUUCACCACUUCACUCUCCAACACGCUGCACAGGUGUACGUGAAGGUGACUGUGUACAUUAAUAACACCAUCCUAUGCUGGAGGAGGACCACCCCGCGGGACCUGGAGGGGCAGGUGACCGAGUUCGACGAGGACCUGGGUCUCCACAUGCCCGAGCUCGACCUGGACGCCACACACCUCGUCCUCAGUGCCAGGCUCCGCACUAAACCAGGAUGUGGUCGUCGAGUGAUGGGGUCGUGCCUAGUAGGGUGCGGUGGCUGCGUCAGUGAGGAGGGUCGUCAUCACUGGCACGACAUGUUAAGGGCCUUCCCCACCCUCGUGGUCAGGUCACACCCACUCGCCGCCCACUCCCACCUCCACAACGUUUUCCCCAGGGACCAAGACUGGUCGGAGACCUUCCUUACCUCCUCGACAGCGAAGCAGGAGGCUGCCAGGGACCAGAGGGACGCCACUCGUCCCGUCCACUAUUACCAGGAUUUAGAGAGUUACCUACCCCUGGCCAGCCAUACCAGCAGCUACACUACCACCGACAACAGCACUCCUACAAGUUCCUCUACCGAGUGUACCUCCCUCACUAACUUGUCUACCGAGCACAGCACACCCACCAGUCCAUCUGCCGCUCGCAUAACCCCUACCAGUCCCUUCCUCGACACGAAGUCAAGCGAUCAUUCUCAGCCUGAGGAGGAGAGCAUCUGGAUCACAGUAAUGUCAUCGGUGGAACAGCAGCCUAGGCAUCAGGACCAGCUGCUCCCGCCAGCAACACAAGACCCAUUGUUGACACAAUUGCAGGAAUGUAGACAGGACGACCUAUUGCUGCCGCAGCAACAGGAGUCUGGGCACGAAGACCCGUUGCUUUCACCUUUGCAGAAGUCUACACAAGAAGACUUACUGCUGCCACCCUCACAGGAGUGUGGUCACAAGGACCUACCUAUACCGCCUCUGCCACAGGACUCUGGACUCCAAGACCCAUUACUGCAACCGUCGCAGGUCUCUGGACAAAAGGACCCACUGCUGCCACCGCCUUCAGAGUCAGAACACGAAGACCCACUCAUGCAGGACUCGCAUUAUCAGCCAGAGGUGCUCAUCACUAAAAACAAUGUUUAAACCAAGCCUUGUCAUAUUUACCCCCUGCUAACUUUUUUCUCACGAAUCUCUGGCAUCAGACCACGUAUUAAUCAACCUGGCUUUCAGUCCUCUCUUCAAACCGACAGUUCACGCUUCAGCUCACUGCAAAUCACACAGUAAUAUUAAGCUUCACAAACUAAGGAUGGUUAACUUAAUUAUAUCAUCACAAAGGUGGCUAAGAAUAUUUCCAUUGCUUUAUCUAACUACUACCAGCAGGACAACCAUUAGAGACUUAAUUACUUAAUUAGCAAGAAACCCGCAGGUCUAGUUGAAACCAGAGCUGGGGUUUGUCGUGCCAUGAAGAGGAUGCGAGAAAAUAUAUUUGUGAGAGACAGGUAGAGACCUUCACCAUCAGUGAACAUCAGUGUGCUUUACUGACAGUGUUUGAACAAAAGGUUUAGAAAAGAUAAUGAAUAAGGCACUUGUGAAACACUUGGGAAUCUUUAUUCUGGAAGCUUUUUGCCAGCCAGUGGCUUCUUCAGUCCAUUGCAGAGAAAUAGUGGAAGAUGAGAAGUUUGAGGUACUCAGUCCCUCAGCUUGGAGUCAAUAUAUUGUAUUCAGUCCAUCAGUCUUGGUAAGUGCAGCAUUUUCGUGGAGAUGGGGCUUAUAUGUUGCAGACAGAUGAGAUGGAGCAGUGGUAGGCGGAGUCACCAGUGGAAAAAAAAUAGCCUCAAUCACUUAAUGAAAUGGAGUGACAUAAACUUAUCGUUAAGGAAGAGAGUUUGUAGACGUCGCUGCCUAGAAUCAGUUACACAGAACACUGAGCUUCAACAUAUUCAGAGUUUUAGAUAAUGGUGAAAUUUGCUUAGUGAUACCAACAAGUUACAGGUAAAAUACACAUAUGUAUUUAUCUAGACAUUAAGAAAGGAAACGUUUCGCCAUUAGUGGCCUCUUCAGUUAAAUUAAGACUGAAGAAAGACACCUAUGGGGAAACGUUUCCUGAUCAGCGCACACUUGUCUUUUAUCUACAGUUUUAUAUAUCAUCACAUAUCAUCAUAUUGAUGUCAAGCCGUCAGAUCAGUCAUCAGUGGACAUCCCUACAAAUUUGGAGCACUGCAUCUGACAUCUUCAUUUCUUUAUAUAAUAAUAAUAUAUAGAGAGGAGCUGGAUGAGAUUUUCGCAUGAUAAUCAGUGACAAACACACGUAACAAUAUGUACUAGACGUGUAUCUCUCACACGUCAUGUACUGUAUAUGCCAUAUUUAUAUCAACAAUGUAUCUCUUAAAUCUUUUGUACCGUAUUAUAUAUA